CUAACUGUGGCCCAUUGUUGAUGAUAUUUUGAUUAUUAUAAACUUUUAAAAUGUCUACUUCAGGCUUCUUUUGCUCUGUUUGUGCAAAAACAUUUGCAAACCAUUCAAAUUUAAGGGCCCAUGUAAAAUUACACCACCCUGAUCAGCUUAAUGAAAUUGCUCCAAAUAAGAUAAAGUAUAAAUGUGAAAUUUGUUCAGAAAGUUUUAACAACAAAAUUCUUUUCAACAAACAUCACAAGGUUCAUACCUCAGGACAGAAAUGUCCUUUAUGCGAAGUUAUUGAUGUCAAAUCGGCAUUAAUUCAACAUUUUACAUUGGUUCACAAUGUAGAUAUCAAUAUUGAACAUCAUGACUUUAAAACGAUUGAAGAAUUUAAUAGCUGGAAGAAACAGAUAGAAGAAGAAAACACAGUAUUCUUUCCCAAGCAUCAUGGAACAUUCAAAUCUGCUACAUAUAUCCGGACAAGAUAUCAGUGCCACAGGUCAGGAACAUAUCAAAGGGAAGGCAAAGGCAUAAGAAAUUUGAAGGUUCAUGGCUCAAAAAGAAUUAAUGCAUUUUGUCCUGCAUCCAUAAUUCUUGAUUAUAAAAAUGGUAUUUACAAUGUUAAAUAUACAAGUACCCACAUAGGACACACAAAUGAAUUACGUCAUAUACCUCUUCCAAAAAGUGACAGAUUGAUGUUGGCAGAUAAAUUGGCAAAUAAGAUUCCAUUUAAAACCAUUAUAGAGGACAUUAAAGGUUCACUUCAAGAUUCAAACUUGGAACGAAUUCAUCUUGUCACAAAGCAGGACUUAAGAAAUAUUAAAAGGGACUUUAAUUUGAAUAACUCUGCAAUUCUAAAUACAAAUGAUGCAGAGAAUGUAGACUUGUGGGUGCAAAAACUGAAAUAUACAAGUACACCCUUUGGACACAAAAAUGAACUUUGUCACAUUAACCUUCCAGAGAAAGACAAAUUGAUUUUGGCAGAUAAUACAAAUAAUGGUAUAUAUAACAUAGAAUAUCCCGAGAAGUUGCAAAGAAAGAAGAAAAAACAGUGCAAAGAAAUAUUAAGUUGCAAAAGUAAUCGAACUAACAAGGAUGGCUGUGAAUCUCAAAUUUCUGAUGAAUGCAAGACGUUUAAACGGGGAAAGAAAAGUAAAUUUAAAGAUUUUUUAACCCGUCAAAAAUGUAAUGAUACUAUCAAUGAUGACUGUGACUUCGAAUUGGUUGCAGAUGAUACAAAUAACCGUAUUAAUACAAACGAUCCUGAAACGUUGGAACCAAUAAAGAAAAAACAAUAUAAAGAAAUUUUAAGUCGUCACAAAAAUUUCGCUUUUAUUAAGGAUAACUGCGAUAGCCAGGAUGAUUCUGUACAAUUAGUUGUAGACCUGAAUUAUGGUAUUAACUUGGAAAGGCCCGAGACACUCGAAGAACUGAAAGAAAAAAUGAAGAGAACGUUUCUUGAGGCAUUGGAUAAAGCAACUACGUAUGAACAGUGCGAAUUGAUACGUAAAAUAAUAGCACCAUUGCAUCCUACGCUGGAUAAAUGUAUUCGAAAGGGAGGAAUAGAAGAAGAAUUGACUAAAUGUAUUGCAGAUGAAACUACACAAAAAGAAUUGUAUCCAACGCUGGCUAAAUGUAUUUCAGAUGAUGCAACACAAAAAGAAUUAGAUCCUACGCCCGGUAAAUGUAUUCCAGGGGAAGGAAUAGAAAAAGAAUUAGAUCAUAUGCUGGUUAAAAGUAUUUCAAAGGUGGAAACACAAAAAGAGUUAGAACCUACGCUGGCUAAAUGUAAUCCAGAGAAAGGAACAAAUGAGGUAUUGGACCUUGCGCCGGCUAAAUAUAUUUCAGAUGAUGGAACACAAAAAGAAGUAGAUGUUAUGCCGGCUAAGUAUAUUCCAGAGAAAGGAACCGUAGAAGAAUUGGAUACUGCUUCAGGCGAAUCAAAAAAUCGCCUAAAUUGUGAACAGGAGGAGUUAGACGUUUUAAAAAAUCGUCUAAAUUGUGAUCAAAAGCAAUCUUCUAUAACGCUGAACUAUAAACCACUAGCUUAUAAAUUUCUUAGCUAUUUCGGUUACAUGGACUAA